AUGUCAACCAGAUUGUGCGCCGUGUGCAAUGGCAUAUUCACUGGGCUGCUUGUUGACAAGAGUUACAUGCCUCAUCAUCAGUCCGUUGCCAGCCUCAGGCGAUCCGCUGAGGAAGGAUGCUAUAUCUGCAACCUUGUUUCCGCCAUGCUCGAAUUUGACAAGGUCUCUGACGAUGAGGGUCCCUUCCGGUGGACGCUAUAUACAAACUCGGAAGAAAGACGUCAUCACUUCCAACAGUAUAAAACAUAUGGAAGCCUUGACAUCGAGGCAAAGAAUGCCACCUAUGUUCUCAACUUAAUGGAUCAAGCUGUUUCGAAUGCACCGAUACGCUCUGUUGAUCCUGGUGCCAGCCUUACUGAUCAAGCAGUCAUCGGGACUGCAAGAUCCUGGCUAGAAAACUGUCGCCAAAACCACGCAUCAUGUGAACCAGUUGAUCCUGCUUUCAACCCUACAAGGCUCCUCUACAUCCACGAUGCCUCCUCGGUACAGCUCAUUGAAACCGAGAAAGAGGCAAAGACUCAUGCUUACGUCGCUUUCUCGCAUUGUUGGGGGAACUAUGAUGAUUGGGCCAAAGAGUCCGCCAUGAUGAAGGACGUCUAUGCCAACAGUUCUCUCAAUCUUUGCGCUUCAGCUGCGGGAGAUUCUUCAGAGGCGAGCUUCCAGCACAGAGAUCGAGGCAUCAUUGUGCCAUUGGAAAUCGAACCCCAUUGGACUGGUUAUCUCCAUGGCAACACUUGGGAGAAGCGCAAGCUUGGUCCACUUCCAUCAUACCUCCAUCGGAUCAAAUUCAAACUUGUGAAUAGUAACAUGAACAACUCGGAGAUAACCAACUCACCGCUCAAUCUACGCGCUUGGGUUGUGCAGGAACGCGUUUUAUCGAGGCGUCAUCUUUUCAUGACUUGCAACCAACUCUGGUGGGAAUGCCCCGAUAUGUUUGCUUGCGAAGUGUUUCCAGGGAUGUUUCCCGAUUUCGAAUAUAUAGAGGAUGCAAGGGUCCAAUACUAUGCGCUAAACGGUCCUGGUCAUCAUUCUGUCUACGGCAGUCGCAUGGAAAGGCUAUGGGAAAGCCUUGUCAUGCGAUACUCCCGCUGCGAUCUAACCUACCUAUAUGAUAAGCUACCCGCGCUGUCAGGGCUUGCACAGAUCUUCAGCGUCGCGCGAGGCCCAGACUUUUCUCUUGACCUAAACUCUUAUCUCGCCGGCAUUUGGCGACCUCAUUUACCAAAGGCAUUAUGUUGGUAUACGAAGUCCAAUGAGAAAAGCGGCCAAAUUCGCAGGUACCGGCCCCAUCCAUAUCGUGCCCCCUCCUGGUCUUGGGCGUCAGUAGAGGGCCCGGUUGAGGUGAAGGGGUCUCGUGAACCGGUCUGUCGUGUAGUGGAUGUUAAGGUAGUUCGCGAGGACGAACAGUACAAGGCCGGUACGGUAAAGGGCGGCAUUUUGCACCUGGAAUCCCAUCUUAUUGGACCUCUCACCCACGACGGGUCACACUCAGGGGGCUUCACUACAACUACGCCCCUAGACAGCCGUCUUCGGGCGACAUUCAACACUAUGCUGUUUCAAACAUAUUGGGACGAAGGUGAUGGUGAUUCCAGGGACCAAUUCAUCAGUUAUCUAGAUCCGCUUCCGCAUACUGUGUCUGAGAAUGGAAUUGUCAAGGGCACAAGUGCGGUGCGGAAGAGGGUCCUGCUCAAGGAUUUGGUGAGACAACGUUGCAUUCGACUUUUCAUUAUUCCUUUGUUGGUUGAUCAUUCAAUGGGUCAAUUUACAGGAUUGAUUCUCUGUCAAAUCGUCCGAAACCCAGGACUCGAAGGCGUCGAUGAAGGUGCGGUUUUUCAACGUGUAGGGUACUUCAUAUAUCACGAGAUUAAGUGGGGGACGCUAGAUCUCAUUCCGAAAGACAGAAACUUCAGCAACCAGAAAUUACCAAGGAGAACCGAACAAAAUACGUGA